AUGACUGCAGAUCUCAAAAGAUACAAAUCUAGAAACUUUUUCUUCCACUCAUAUUUGAUAUUUCUCUACAUGCUGGGUCUUCUUUUUAUUUUCAAGCAAACACACAAGGCAAUGACAAUUGUACUGUCAUUUGCCUUUGGCUUGUCUUUUCUUGCGACAUACUGGAGCACAAAAAUACUCAUUUUUGAAUGUUUUAAUAGCUCUGAAGAUGGAGAUUACAUACUCUUUGAAAACAGAUUAAAUAAAGUUGCAAGAGAGAGAAAUGGUGUUGAGUCAUUCUUCUCAAAUAGGAAAAAGUACAUCAUUCGGAAGAACAAAGCUAUCAGUUUGAGUCCUGUGACUGAGCUAGACUUCAAAGAUCUGAGAAGCGGAAUAAAGAUAGAAAAUUACGACUAUUUUGCCCCAAACGAAUUUAAGGUUCCACGCCCUAACUUCUUUACGAUGUUCAAGGAGCAGUGUGUUACUCCACUAUUCUGUUUUCAGAUAUUCAGCUCAUUGCUUAUGUGCUUUGAUGAACACGUAAUGAACAGUCUUUUUUCAACUGCCAUGAUCAUUUUUGUUGAAGCCUCUUUUGUAUUGAGCAGAGUAACAACUAUGAAAAUUUUUAGAAAACUAGAACAUAAAACCUGUGAUACUAAAAGAAUCAGCAGGGGCAACGGAACCAAGAUUGCCAAUGAAGUUGUCAAUUCUUCCGUACUCAAGCCUGGAGACAAGAUACUAAUUGACUCUAUUGUUUAUGUCCCUUGCGAUCUUGUCAUCAUAGAGGGAUCAUGUGCAGUUAAUGAGGCUAUGCUAUCCGGAGAGUCCAUUCCUCUUUUUAAAGAGGAGAUCAUUGGAUCUAAUUCAGUGUUAAAUAUCAAGGAGCACAGAAGACACAUUUUAUUUGCCGGUACCAAGCUUGAAAAGAUUUACUCCCCACUGACCUGUGUUGUACUUAGAACAUCGUUUGACACCGAACAGGGCAUUUUGCUCAACAAAAUGCUACAAUCCGAGGAUAUAAAAUAUGAUCCUGAAGCUCUUAGAUUUAUUCUUCUUUUAAGCCUUAUUUCAAUUAUCAACUGUCUUUUUACUUUUGUUUACAGUAAAAAGACUGGAUAUCCAUUAUUUUUAGAUAUUAUCAUUCUAUUUACCAACACGAUACCGUUUGAAUUACCAAUGGAAAUGGGAAUGUCUGUCCAGUCUGCAGUUAAAAAUUUGAUGUCUAAGAAAAUAUACUGUCUUGAGCCAUUCAGAAUAACAUUAGCGGGCAAAGUAGAUGUUUGUUGCUUUGAUAAGACAGGCACCCUGACAGAUUCAAGAUUAGAAGUAAAGAAGAUUGAGUUUAGAAAUGAAAAUACGAACAGAGUUCUUUCCUGCUGCCAUAAUUUAAUAGUGGUUGAUGGUGAAGUAAAAGGCGAUCCCCUUGAAAUUGCCAUAUGCAACUAUGAAUUUGAGAAAAUACCAUUUAAAGUUCAUCAGCAAUUCGCCUUCAGUUCCGAACUAAAACGACAAUGCGUAGUAGCUGAGCUAGAGGGAGACAAAAAGAAGCUGUUCUUCUGUAUGAAAGGAGCGCCAGAAGAAGUUCAGAAGUACCUUGCAGAUGUUCCGAAGGAGUAUGAAAGAUACAAAGAAUUUGCAUCUCAAGGAUUUAGAGUUCUUUCCUUGGCCUGUCGCUACUUUAAUAUUAAUGAUAUGAAACUGUCUAACGAACGGUUGCUCGAUAGGUCCUACUUAGAAAGAGAUAUGGAGUUUUGUGGUUUCAUCUUGCUAGGAAGUUCUCUCAAGAAGUACUCUAGGGAAAUGUGUAAGAUUUUGAAAGAUUCAGGAUUGAAAGUAUUGAUGAUUACAGGAGACAAUCUUCUUACUGCCAUGAAUGUUGCAGAGCAAUUGAAUAUUCAAGGAGAAGGCGUAGAGGGAAAAGAUAUCGAAAAAGCACUUGAAUCUGAUAAAUUUGUCCGCUAUGCAGUAUUUGGUAGGGCUGAGCCAAAACAUAAGGAACUUAUUAUCAAGAAAUACCAAUCUCUUGGAUUUCAUACUAUGAUGGUAGGUGAUGGCACAAAUGACGUGGGAGCUUUAAAGGCUGCCGAUGUAGGGGUAGCUAUGCUAGAGCCACAGGAGGUUGUUAUUCCAAGGGCUGAGAAACCGCUUACAUUACUUGAGCAAGUAAAGGCAGAGUCGGCUACGUUAGAAUCUAUCAAACCAGGCGAUGCAUCAAUAGCAGCCCCUUUGACGGUCAAAAGUGACUCAUUGAAAUCAAUAGUUGAAAUAAUCCAGCAGGGUAGAAGUAGUUUAGUUACGACAAUUCAAAUGUACAAGAUCUUAGCCAUCAAUUCAAUCAUCAGUGCAUUCUUUUACAUGUUUGUUGAUGUGCUUGGAGUUAAGUUUUCAGAUCCUCAGAUGAUUUCAAUCGGCGUGCUUUCAUCAAUAGGAUUCACAGCAAUUACUCAGCCAAAAGCGUUAGAUUUUAUUUCUAAACAACGCCCAAUCACCUCAAUUUUCAGUCCAUACAUGUUCUUUUCAAUUUUAUCUCAAUCUAUUGUCCAAGUAUCUUCACUCUAUUUAGUUUACAAGAAUAUUUCCCUACCGAAGCCUGUAGUAACAUUCGAGCCCUCGGUUAUGAAUACCGUUCUUUUUAUUAUAUCGAGUAUCCAAACAGUCUCUACUUUAGUUUGCAAUUACAUUGGAAGACCAUUCAGAGAGGAUCUUGUUGAAAAUAAGAUGCUGGGACUCAGUCUUCUUGGAAUUAUUGGCUUUAUUGGAAAUAUUUUCUUGAACUUCCAUCCAGAUUUGAAUAACCUGAUCAGUGUAGUCAAUAUUGAUCAGCAUUCUACAUUUGUUAUUGGACUGUGCGUUUCUAUUGUUGUUCUCUCGUAUGCUUGUGAAAGAUCUGCCUUUAGAUUUUUUAUGAUUAAAUGA